AGGGUCUUCAGUGGAAACCGGAUUCGAACCAAGGAUAGCCCAGACGGAAUGCUCGUAAACUAUCGUAUUAGCAGAUGGUUAUAUCCAGUUUUUUUCUGUACCGCGGCAGAUCUCAGUAUCAUAAGUUUGUGAACGUCCGCGUGAAAUACAACCUUACGGAGCAAAAGCCACAAACACAUUUGAUAGCAAUGGCCACAUUCAAUCGUCUUUCACAACCCCAUCAAUGCCUUAUCGAGGAAGAUAUUAGUCGGUGGGAAACUAGCGGACUCCAAACUGAAUGUUCCAAAUCCUGCUACCACCAAUACCACGAGGAUGAACUGCGCUUAUUUUGUACGCACUGUCGGGUGAUAAUUUGUGACAACUGUAAUGCUGGUGAACACUUCAAUCACACCCUGCAGUCGGUGGAUCAGUUGGUUAAGCAUUGCGUCGAUGAGCCUAAGAAUAAUGGAAAAAGUGUAAACAUUGAUUUGAAUAAACCGAUUGGAAAAAAUAUAUCGGCGGCUACCGUUAAGAGCAUCCAGAAAGCUCUGGCAGCACUUGGAAUUAACAAAGAGGAAAAAGGGAAUUAAAGUUAUGUAU